AGAGCUCGGCGGAGCGGAGCGCCAGGCAGCGCGGAGCAGAGGCCGGGCCCACAGCCGCUCCGCCUCCCGGCCCGCAGAUCCCCGACGGCCGCACCGCGGGCUCCUCCGGCUCGCGAGGACACACGCAUGGCGUCCUGGGGAAGGCGCUGAGUUCGGAGUCGCGGCGCCGCAGGCGGCACCAUGGCCCUGGAGCAGGCGCUGCAGGCGGCGCGGCAAGGCGAGCUGGACGUGCUGAGGUCGCUGCAUGCCGCAGGCCUGCUGGGGCCCUCGCUGCGCGACCCGCUGGACGCGCUGCCCGUGCACCACGCGGCCCGCGCGGGGAAGCUGCACUGUCUGCGCUUCCUGGUGGAGGAAGCCGCCUUCCCCGCCGCGGCCCGCGCCCGCAACGGCGCCACACCGGCCCAUGACGCCGCCGCCACCGGCCAGCUCGCCUGCCUGCAGUGGCUGCUGUCGCAGGGCGGCUGCAGAGUGCAGGACAAAGACAAUUCUGGUGCCACAGUCUUGCAUCUGGCUGCCCGCUUCGGCCACCCCGAGGUGGUAAACUGGCUCUUGCAUCAUGGCGGUGGGGACCCCACCGCGGCCACAGACAUGGGUGCCCUGCCUAUCCACUACGCUGCCGCCAAAGGAGACUUCCCCUCCCUGAGGCUUCUCGUCGGGCACUACCCUGACCUUUGAAAACACAAGUCCUGCUGGGUGCGGUGGCUCACACCUGUAAUCCCAGCACUUUGGGAGGCUGAAACAGACAGAACAC